UCGUCUCGUUUGUGAAUUUUCCUGUGAAAGUUGUGACGUGAUCGUUAAACAUCGUAGCAAUAUCCCUAUACAAUAGCGCAUUCGCAACAAUUUGGCGAAAUGUUUCGGCAAAUAUUGGAGGUUCUAGGAGGAAGCUCGGCUCGAAGCGGAAUGUCCAUGGGUUCGGGAGAUCGGGCACCGUUUAAACGGGCAACAGCCACUUCUGUACCGAUCACGAACAAGCCCCCAAAGACCCGAUCGAGGUUCGAAUCGAAGCCAUCGGCUGGCACGGGGAAAAAACGGGACGUGGUCACGUCGCUUUUCAGCCCGAAAAGGCCAACGAGCAAAAAAGUCGAGCGUCUUGGCAGACACGAGGCGGAGCUAAAGCAGCGAUACAAAUCGCUGUUUCGCAGAGGCCAACAACAACCGCCGACGCAGUCGCAACAGCAGCAGCAGCAGCAACAACAGCAACAGCAGCAGCAACAGCAACAAAUCCCGCUGCGUCAGGCGCCAAGCGCCUCCUCGCUCGAGGCGAAGAACGAGAAUCCAUCGGUGGGCAACUGGGGCUCCCUCGGUAAGGAAGGGACCAGGGGGAACUCCAAGAGCAGCUACAAUCCCAAGGGACCCGGCAAGGGGUCCAGGAUGCAAGAACUCGAGCGCGAGAUCGAGGUGUUGCGCAAGGAACGCGUACGGCUCGAGUCGAAUCUGCGAGAGGCGACCUGCCAUGCUCAGAAUCUUCGCGAAUUGCGUGCCGAGCUCGCUUCUCUCAAGGAACAACACACUUUAGAGUUGGAACGUCUUACCGAAGAGAACGAGGCUCUCCGCGUGAAGCUCAGAGACGUGGCACAUUCUCCUCUGUCAGACUCUGAGAAGCAACAGUUGCUUCUGGACGCGUCGAGGCUGCACAAUUCGGCGCCAGCGUCGAUAGCAAUCCCCCAGGAUGAAGGAUCCACGCCUAUCGCUGGUAUGCCUCAGGACAGUGCUCAGUGCACCACCCCGGACUGGGACAAGCACUCCUCUAGUUCUGUGUCAGAGGUCUCUGUCGCUUGUCUGCAGGAUAGAAUCUUGCAGAUGGAAGAGACGCAUUACUCUACGAACGAGGAGUUGCAAGCGACGAUACAGGAGCUAAGCGAUCUACAAGCGCAGCUUACAGAACUGCAAGCUGACAAUGAAAGACUAACAGAGGAGAAGGACGUGUUGUUGGAGUCGCUCUGCAGACAAACGGAGAAGCUAGAAGACUCUCGUUCCAAGGUUGAUACGCUGCAAGGUUUAUUGUUGAGGGAGGAGCAGCCUCAAGAGUCUUCCAAAGGUUAUAACACAGAAAGAGAACAGAAAUUAGUAGAUCUUUUAAAAAGUGCACAAGAGGAACGAGAAUCCUUGCUGCAGAAACAAGAAGAGCUAACGUCCGAAGUGAAGAAUCUUCGAGCAGCCGCGGAGGUCAGCGCCGCAGAAACAGAGCGAUUGACAAAAUGUGUACAUUUGUUAGAGUCGUCGGUGGAGACGGCGAGUAUCGAGCGGAAACAACUGGACAUGGAACUAGCAGAGGCCAGGCAGGAGGGUGCAAAUCGGAAUAUAGAGAUCAGUAGGUUGGCUACGCUCUUGGAGAACGCGCGAGCGAAGAUCGAAGAAUUGGAGCAGUCGAGGCAGGUGGAGAACAAAAGCGAGGCAGAUGAACUUCUGGAUGCCGCCAGAAGAGAAAAGGAUACUUUGGAGACACAAGCGGCGGCUCUGCAGGAACAGCUGGCGCGUUCACAUUGCGACCACGACCGUCUUAGAGAUCAGUACUCGCAACUUCAAGAGGAAUAUAAAGUAGCACGUAACAACGCGAAAUCGGCGAUAGACGAUCUGGAAUACAGGCUAAACCAACUGAAGGACGAGAGGUUAUCCGUGAGUACGGAACUGCAACUCGUGAGAGAUUCUCUUGCAGAGUUGCAGGCGCAAUGCCAGAGACACUUGGAAGAUAAGAGAGAGUUGAAGGCUGCGUUGAACGAGGCCCAGAGAAGGGAGCGCGAUGCUCAAACACGUCAGUACGAAUUGGAGCGUUCGUUGGCCGAGGAACGUAAGUUGAGACAAGAGCAGGCCACCGAGUGGGAACAGUUUCAGACGGACCUCCUGAUGACUGUUCGCGUUGCGAACGACUUUAAAACGGAGGCUCAGAGCGAGCUGGAGCGGGUCAUGAUGGAGAAUAAAGCGCAGAGGGACAAACUGAGAACGCUAGAAGCUCAGCUCGAUAAGCUGAAUAAAGGCAGCGCUGCUGGAAGCUCACGCAAACCCGCUAGCAAUAUUUUAAAACGCGGUCGUACUAUUAUAAAAAAGCGGCACGAGUCAACAAAAAAGAGCGUUCCGAGAUCGAACGUAUUGAAAAUAAUGGAUGAAUCAGAUCCAAGUGACAUGGAAGAUUUGAAGAUCGACGACUCGAAAGAGUUGAACUUAACGAUCUCUCACGAAGAUACUGAAUCCGAUGGUAGUAUCAAAGUUUCACAGUCCAAAGAGCCCGUUAAGCUAAACGACAAGUUAAUCUCUGGAGAGGAAGUUGAGAUUCGUCCUUCUUUUGAGUCAAAAAACAGUCUGUCGGAGCCUGUCGACGAUUUUGAAGAACGAUCUUCGCUAAAGAUGGACGAUUCCGACGACAAAUCGUUAGAGGCUUCUGACUUCCAAAGAACAAGGUCGAACAAGAGUUUCAAGACCUUAGAUUAUCCAAAACUAUACAUAUCCGCUACAUCAGUUUUGGAGGAAAAUGAGAUUGCAAAAUCGUCCCUGUUGAAAAAUAUAAAAGGCAUUCAGAACGUUGGAACGGACUCUUAUGGUAUUGAGAUUUCCAACAGCCGAUUUUUCGUUCCCAAAGACUACGUGUAUUCCGGAGUGGAGAACGCAAUGGACGAUUUGAAGUUUGAGGUGGAUCCAGAAAUGAGGAAAGUGUUGCAGGAAAGCACCCAAACAAAUAACAAUUCGAUAAACAUUGAUAAUUUUGAAGUGAUGACCGAUGUUCAAGAAUCUCCACACGCGAACGAAUCUAAAGCGAAAGCUAUAUUUUCGUCCGAUUCGAAGAACAAAGAAAACUCUUUGCUCUUGCAAACGUCAAAGUUCAAAGAAUCGAAGGAAGAGUACAAGAACGAUUCUUCUUCGAACAAAAAGCCAAGGUUAUUCCUGAAGAAGAGCGAAUCCAGAUCUGGCAGUGAAAUUGUCGACUCCCUUUUAGAUACCAAUCACAAGCAAAACAUUUUUGAUUCUGCCUUGAAAAAUCGAAUCUUCUCUACCUCUUUAGACAAUCUGAACUUACGAACUCACUCUGCUGAUAAUCCGAGUAACAGUGUUACAAGAAAAAUAAGACAAAAGGAAGAUUCAAAUCCCUAUAACGAUUGUGACAGUAGAAUACGUUACAGAGAUACCAACGAUGUUGCAACUGCAAGGCCAAGAAGUUUUUCAAUUGAACCUUACUUACCCUGUAAGUCACCAGAUGACAUAGAUCUUUCAAAUAUCAAAAAGGUGAAAAACAAAGAGAAAGAAAAAUAUAAUAGUACAUACCCAAUUCUUUCUUCGUUGGAAAAUUUACCUAGAUCUACCUUGGACACUCCAUUCGCGUCGUUCUCCUCUCGAGUAGCAUCAAAGGAAUUUCCAACUUCCUUCUCAAAAGAAACCACCAGAGGGUUAGAUUGCGUUUCGACGCAAAAGACCGUUAACGGGGCAUUGAAGUUCGACAGUGAUUCACAGAAGAUUGGAAAGAAUCUAACUCUUUGCGAAGCCAACAGAUUGAAACGCAUGAAAUUCUUGAACAUGAAUUUGUCUCAAUCCGAACCAGCCACAAGGUAUGAGACGAGCAACAGUGCGGUAAUCACGAGGAGGACAAGAAAUGAGAGCUCAAGCUCGAUCUCCGAGUCGAAAAUAGGUCAGAAUAGUAGCGAUUCGAUGUUCAAGGAUAAGUUACUGAUAGGGAGGACGUCCUCUUUAAGAGAGAAAUUUGAGACGAUCGUAGAAGAUGUGGAACUGAGACCAGGCCGACAAAUAGCUAACCAGAAAGUGAUUCAGCAACCGCAACAAAGGCCGGCGAGCACACCAACGGAAACUCAACACUGCGUGUUGACGAGCGUUCAACAGGAGAUCGCCGCACGUCGGAAAGCUAAUAUUUCUCGCCAGGAUUCGAGGUUGUCUGUGAAAUGUUUGAUAGAAAGCAUCGAGAAUGCUACGAAACAAGCAAAAGCAGGACCGGGAAGUCGUAGCAGUUCUACAUCCUCCUUGAACUCUAUUGGAACGAACGACAUAAUGACAUUAAAAGCUCCUCUUCGUGAUCAACAACAGAUCAAUAAUUUAAUUUGCACGACCAAUUCAACGAAUAAUAACAAAACACAAACUGCAAUCACUAGAAAACCAUUAUCAGAAACAAAGUCAACAGUGCCGGUAGUGCUGAGCCCAGGUGAAUUGCUGGACUCUGCCGCGCUGAACGCCAAGGCAAUCGACUUUGUCCGUCGCAACAGCGUAACAGAUUUGUCGGAACGCAAAGAUCCUCUCUGUGGACUAAUAAAGAACGGAGGCUCGAAACGAAAUGCAUUGCUGAAAUGGUGUCAAAACAAGACUAUGGGCUACCGAAAUAUCGAUAUUACGAAUUUCAGCAGUUCGUGGAACGACGGCCUGGCCUUCUGCGCCAUCCUUCAUUCCUAUCUUCCACAGAAGGUACCGUACGACACUUUGACACCAGUGGAGAAGAGAAGAAACUUUUCUAUCGCUUUCUCCGCCGCAGAGAGCGUCGGGAUACCUACUACCUUGAACAUAGGAGAGAUGUGUCAAUUGGAGCGACCUGACUGGCAACAAGUUAUGACAUACGUGACCAGUAUUUACAAACACUUCGAAACGUAAUUUUCGGUUCCUUUUUUUAUUGAAAAUUCACCAUUGAACCGAGGACGAAUCGACAACAAGAUCAUCUAGUCAACUAAAAAAAAAAUUUUUUUAUAGGAACAAAAUUCUCUCCAAGGACUUUUUCUUUCUUUGUUUUUUACUUUCAAGGAUCAAUGGAUAUAGCACUGCCUAUGCCUAAUGCCUGUGCAUGCCGCGAGAGUGGAUUUCGACGGGACAUAUAAACCUAACACCAAAUGGAAUUGCUUUUUACUAUGAGACUGAAUGUUUUUAAUAUACAUCAUAUAUUAUAUAUACAUAUAUAUAUGUUAAGAAUUGGAGACAAAGAAAUAGAGGCAGGGAUUUAUAGAGAGAGAGAAAGAGAGAAAGUAACCAGAGUGCGACAUGCUACUGCAGGAGAAAAAGAAAAGGAAUAUAGAAAAAUGCAAGCUUUAUCGAGUCUUCUUGUGCGUGAGAAUGUAUAUUAUAUGUAUGUUUCAGUGCCUCCUUGGCAAAGCCAACGCAUUAAUUCUAUUACAUGCAAGAGGGUUUUUUCUAUCGAUCGUGUAAGCCUUGCAUUUUUUGUAACUAACACAGGUGUCGAGGUAAAUAUUUCCGUUCCUCUCAUACUGUGAGUAUUUUUGUACUUGUAUUAUUUUUCGAGAAACUUUUGUAAAGUUUUACGAAUGGAUGUACAGAACGAAGCGCCUUAAUUUAAAAAGAAGAAAAAAAAAAAAAGAAGACCUAAUUUAUUGCAUUAGUCAUGUUUUAGUAUAUAUAUUAAAAGCCGAGCAGCAAAUUUACUAGAGAGAUGGAGAAGCAUCGUUUAAGUUCUACUUUCCGUAUGUAGUAAGAAACGAACGAAAAUAUUCAUGAAGAUUGUGUUCUCUGUGAUAUAGCGAAAAAUAGCUCCGAAACAGAGAUAGAGAAGCGUUAUCGUUAUUGCUCUUAUUAUUAUUAUAAUUACUAUUAUUACUACUAUUAAUACUAUUGCUACUAUUAUAUCAUCCUCAUCGUCAUUGUUGUACCAUUGUAGACAAUAUGCUGUCUGACAUAAAACAAUAAACUUGCCUAAUGACCAUUUAA